AUGGCGUGGGAUCAUCUCGAUAUCGAUAAGCCCCACCUGGCGUACAUGAUCCUAGGAGGUUUCACGGGCCUGUUCAUGCUUUGCUCUCUCUUCGUCAAGGAGAAGUUGUACAUUGGCGAGGCUACUGUGGCUACCAUCUGUGGAAUCAUCUUCGGUCCCCAUGCUGCGAAUCUGUUCAACCCAAUUGAAUGGGGAAAUGUUGACAAAAUCACGCUUGAAUGCUCCCGCAUUGUGCUCGUUGUACAAUGUUUUGCGGUAGGCGUCGAGCUGCCAAAGGCGUAUAUGGAACGGCAUUGGAAGUCAGUCACGUUACUGCUUCUGCCGGUCAUGACUUGGGGCUGGUUGAUCACCAGUCUUUUUAUAUGGUCGUUGAUCAAGCCGCUCACCUGGCUUGAGGCUUUGGUGUGCGCCGCGUGCGUUACAGCCACCGAUCCUGUCCUUGCCUCUUCCGUUGUCGGUAAGGGUAAAUUUGCCAAGCGUGUUCCCAGGCAUUUGCGAGACCUGCUAUCCGCCGAGUCAGGCUGCAACGAUGGCAUGGCGUUUCCUUUCAUCUACCUGUCCUACUACAUUUUGCAUUACCGCCCGGAUGCGAACGCUGUCUCGCUUCACUGGUUUUGUGUCACCAUUCUGUACGAGUGUGUGUUCGGAGCGAUCUUCGGUUUUACGAUCGGCUAUGCGGCUCGCCACGCGAUCAGAUUUGCCGAACGUAAACAGCUGAUUGACCGCGAGAGCUUUCUCGUCUUCUACUUUGUGCUCGCGCUCUUCUGCGCUGGCUCUGGAAGUCUUCUCGGCAUGGACGACUUGCUGAUUGGCUUUGCCGCUGGCGUGGGAUUCAGCAACGACGGUUGGUUCACGGAGAAGACGGAAGAGUCGCAUGUCUCCAAUGUCAUCGAUCUGCUGCUCAACUUGGCUUAUUUCGUGUACCUUGGAGCUAUUCUUCCGUGGGCGGAUUACAACAACGCCGAUCUUGGCCUGGAUGCCUGGAGGCUUGUUGUCAUUGCAAUUUUAGUCAUCUUCUUCCGCCGCAUCCCUAUCAUGUUACUCUUGAAGCCUAUUAUUCCGGAUGUGAAAACAUGGCGUGAAGCUUUAUUCGCCGGACAUUUUGGUCCUAUUGGGGUCGGUGCCAUUUUCGCCUGCAUCUUGGCUAGAGCUGAACUUGAAACGGGCUCUACACAACCCGUGGUGUCGGACGACCUCCCCAAGCCUCAUACGCACAAUUAUUAUGUGGUGCAGAUUAUCUGGCCGUUGACUACCUUCAUGGUUGUCGCAUCCAUCCUUGUUCACGGUUCGUCCAUUGCGGUCUUCACCUUAGGGAAACGCAUCAACACACUAUCAAUUACUCUGUCCUACACCCAGGCGAAUGAAGAAGGACCGUCUUGGAUGAACCGUCUCCCGCGUGUCCAGUCUUUAGCUAAAGGGUCAAUGUCCUUCCGCAAAGCCGAUGAUUCAGAAGGAUCGUCACCAAAUGAGCCUGAGUACCCGCCCGGAACUUUACCUCCAAUCGGUCUCCCAGGUAAUUUCCUGCGCCGGGUACAGGAAGACGAUAGUGGUUCCCCGACUGGCAGAGUAUCAACCCGCAGAGGUCGUAGACGCCGCAGAAAGGCUGACGGAGCAGGUGGACCUAUCAGCCAAUCGGCCAUUGCGCCUCAACGACCAUCCGAAGUGGAGUCUGAAGAUGCUGAAAAGACAGUCGGGGACACCGAGUCCACGACACCUUCGCCUCCACCUGCCACAUGGCGUGAUGCUAUUGUCAACGUUUAUGUCGAGGGUCAUGAUCUUAUCUAUGAAGACAAAGAUGGAAACGUACUGAAGACGGAGCAUGUCGGCCACAUGUCUGCUGAGGAACAAAAGCGGCAUGUCCAAGCAGAACGAUCCAAGUUGAACUUGGAAUUUCAGCAACCUCCUGAUGAAACCAAGCCAGGAAGUUCUGAGGAGCAGCCAACGGCGGGCGAACGGCUUGAGAAGAGUAUCGGUGAUAAGGCAAAACGUCGGCGAUUCGGACAGUGGCUCGGAUUUGGUAAACAGCGAUCUGAGAACCAGGAGCAGAAGGAUGCGAAGACCGAGAAGAAGUCAGCCGAAGAAGCUGGUCCGAAAGCGCCCAAGGGCAAGGGUCGAUCUGCUCACGCUUAUCAGUUUGGUAAUACGAUCAUUGUUGAGGAUGAGGAUGGAGAAGUCAUUAAGAAAUACUCCAUCCCGUCUGUGGACAAAUCCGAAGCCAAAGGCAACGCCCCCGUCCGACGUGGUUUGGUCCGCAUGGGAACGUGGUUCGGCAAGGAAGAAGAAGGCGAACCGUCUCAGGCCGGGAAAAAGACGCAUGAAAACGAAUGGCUUGCUGAUGAUGGGCUCCGAUUCACCCUUGCUAACGAUGAGACUGUUGGCAAACAUGGCAUUAGUCACAAGGGUCGGAGAAUGACGAAGCAAGAAUUUGCCGACCAGAUCAGGAAUCUCGGGCCAAAAGCCCGGCAAAGCAUUGUUGAAGAUUCCGAUGCUCCUAAACGUGUCAAAGAUGCUGCUCGCGACGACGCUCAGCAGGCGGACAAACGAGAACGACGUGCGUCGGCCGCUGGGUCUGCGCAUCAGACCGGAGCGCCUCAUGAUGACCUGGAAUCUGUAAGCAGUGGCAGCGAUGACGAGCCAGACUCUGAAGAAGGACCUGGCCCCAACGUCGCCGAAACAUUGGCACGUAUUGCCGCAGGAACUGCUACGGGAACCGCCGCCGAUGAGCGACGUAAAGAUCUCAGCCCAGGGACAUCGUCCCGCGAACGGAGCCCUCGUUCGCGGCGAGAUUCGGAUGACGACGGCACCGAACGAGUGCCGCCAUCCAAGCUCCGCGAAGCCGCUGGCCUCGCGCUUCCGCAACAAGCGCUCGACCUGGACGACACCGGUGAAACACCUGCGGAACGUCGACGUCGUCUUGCCGCCCUUGGUGAGUACUCGGACUCAGAAGACGAUGUGGAUUCGGAUGCUGUUAGUGAGGGUGAGGACGACCACAACAACCGGAAAGGUCCUGGAAAAAUCUCAUUCGCAGACGGGACGAACCUUGAAGCGGGCAGCACUUACGACCGUGAGGGCAACGGCCUGGGUUCGUCGCGGAUGCACUCGCGCCGCAGCAGGUCGAGGAUAUCGUGGGGCGGCGAAAAAGGGCGCGAGUAGUCCAAAAUUAACUGCAACAAGAGCAGGGUGUAUUCUCUUUUAAAAUAUCUGUUUAGUUUCCAACGUGGGUGCUAUUGCAUCAGUACAUAUUCUAGACACUGACAAGUUACUGUCUAUAGAUACUUAUCAUUGCUAAUCAUACGAACGUUUC